CCCACCAGAAGCUGUGAAUGGUAGACAGCUGCUCGUAUUUCGCUCCGCUGGUGAGCACCGCGCGCACACCUACAGUAAGCGGUCCUCUGAUGUCAUGUGAAAUAACUGGAAGAAAAGUGGAUUUUUAUACAUAUAACACACGUAUAAAAUCAGCGCUUGAAAAGCGCGGCGUGUUUUGGGUGGUUUCAUUCUGAGGAUUUACGCGCGCUAAAGUGUCCAUGGCACAUUUUACGCACAGCAGAAAGAUUUUUUUGGAGGUUCAAACAAUCAACAACAUGGAUUAAAAAGCAAGUUAUUUUCUGCUUACUUCAGGACAGGUCAAAUGGCGGCACUUCGUAGGAAAUUUGGCGAAGACUACCAGGUGGUUAACACGAAUCGGGCUGACACUUUUUCUGCUCCAGUAAAGAAGAAACGCCAGCGCUUCGUGGACAAGAACGGUCGCUGCAAUGUGCAGCACGGAAACCUCGGUGGGGAGACCAGUAGGUACCUCUCUGACCUCUUCACCACUUUGGUUGACUUAAAGUGGCGAUGGAACAUGCUCAUAUUCAUCCUAACAUACACGAUCGCUUGGCUGGUCAUGGCAUCCAUGUGGUGGAUCAUCGCCUACAUCAGAGGAGACCUGAAUCAUGGCCACGACGCUUCCUACACCCCCUGCGUGGCCAAUGUUUACAAUUUCCCCUCAGCGUUUCUGUUUUUCAUCGAGACUGAGGCCACAAUCGGAUACGGUUACCGGUACAUUACGGAGAAGUGCCCGGAGGGAAUCAUCCUCUUCUUGUUCCAGUCGCUGAUGGGCUCCAUAGUGGACGCUUUCCUCAUCGGCUGCAUGUUCAUAAAAAUGUCACAACCUAAGAAGCGCGCAGAGACGCUCAUGUUCAGUCAGGACGCCGUGAUUUCUCAGCGAGACGGCAAACUUUGCCUCAUGUUCCGUGUGGGCAACCUGCGGAACAGCCACAUGGUGUCCGCUCAGAUCAGGUGCAAACUCAUAAAGUCUCGUCAGACACCUGAGGGCGAGUUCCUGCCUCUGGACCAGUGUGAACUGGAUGUCGGUUUUGGGACGGGUGCAGACCAGCUCUUCUUGGUGUCCCCUCUCACCAUUUGCCAUGAAAUCAAUCCCAAGAGCCCCUUUUUCGACUUAUCUCAGCGCUCUCUCAUGAAUGAAGAGUUUGAGAUUGUUGUUAUCCUCGAGGGCAUCGUGGAGACCACUGGCAUGACCUGCCAGGCCCGGACGUCAUACACCGAGGACGAGGUUUUGUGGGGCCACCGCUUCUUGCCGGUCAUGUCCCUGGAGGAGGGCUUUUUCCGCGUGGACUACUCUCAGUUCCACAGCACGUUCGAGGUACCGACGCCAGCGCACAGCGUCAAGGAGUACGAAGAGAAGAAAUCGCUGCCCUCGCCCGCGCACACCGCACACAGUCCGUCCCCUGCGCUGACCGAGAGCUACGGCGCGCGGCGCGACCGCGUCUUUUCGGUGGACUGCAUCAACACGUCGGACGACAGGAGGAGAGCGACCGGGGGCCGACUGCCGAGCAAGCUGCAGAGGAUGAGUUCAUCCGGGAAGGAGGACCUGCAGAGGAAGGUGCUUCUGCUCAGCUCCCACCACUCGGAGAAGGCCUGCAGCACAGGGGACCUGCCUCUGAAGCUGCAGCGCCUCAGCUCCACGCAAGGACCCGAGGCGGAGAGUCGACUGCACCUCAAGUCGCUCAAGGUGGACUUUGAACCCAUGACCCAGUCUACUGGAGACCUGUACCAGCACAGCCUCAUAGCCACGCCCACACUGUCCCCUGCUCCGGUGCCCAUGCACAGCCCUCUGCUCUCAGCUGGAGGGAGGCCGGAGGACAAUCUGCCUGCAAAGCUACGGAGGAUGAACGCUGACCGCUGAAAGCCGGACCCUCUGAUUAGGGACAGACCCGGGGGACAAGCGCAUGGAAACCGAUUCGGGAGGUGUACUUUACCUGUUUAGGGCUUUGAAAGCGACAAAGUGGGACUUUUUGGACAAUUAAUUGAUGUUUUUUGUCUUGAGACACAAUUUACUGGAAUAACUGUGAUUUUUGUGUUUCAUGGCAUCCAUGCAGGGUUUUUUUUGCACCAAACAAGAAAACACAAGCUUCAUGCUUAAUUUGAACUCGACACAUUCUCACUCCCAACUCGUCAAACGCCGCCUGUUGGCCGGUUUACUUUGCAUCGAAGACAGACCCAGUAGGAUCGCCCUGCAAUGCCUAAUGUCCUUUCAAAAUAAACCUCUGUCCAGAGUUGAGAAAGUUAAGUUUAGGUGACAACAGUUAUUAACAGGCACUUUAUUUUGAGGAAAAAGGACAUGGUUCACGUUAACUUGACAGAUUAUCUCCUCGUGUCACUAUCGCAACUUAGGUGGCGAAAUGUCAAUGUUUACUUUCAGUUUUGCACGGUACACAAACAUUGAGAGUCCUUGCGUCCCUCCAAAGGGGAACUGACGAAGCCGAGGUUUUUGACCAGUUGGGUGUGAGAAUUGGUUGGUUUCUUUGAUUAUUCUACAAGUGCAUGUACACACAAAGUCCAUGUAUCCACCACUACAUUUAAUAAUCAAUCUUAGAUCUAAAUAUAAAUGAUAUGAGGAUAAUAAUAAAUCCUGGUAAUCUCUC